AUGGAUUUAGAGGUGAAGGACGUGAACGCCUCGAACUGUUUGUCCCGUAAUGAGAGCGACCGCGGACUAAGCGCUUCUUCCGGUGGAGUGUCCACUGCGCUGGCCAGCGUGCUGAUCUUCACCAUCGUGGUAGACAUCCUGGGCAAUGUCCUAGUCAUCCUGUCCGUGUACAGAAACAAAAAGCUCAGGAAUGCAGGCAACAUCUUCGUGGUGAGUUUGUCCGUAGCAGACCUGGUGGUGGCAUUGUACCCCUACCCUCUGGUCCUGACGGCCAUCUUCCACAAUGACUGGACCAUGGGUGACCUGCACUGCCAGGCCAGCGGCUUCAUCAUGGGCCUCAGCGUCAUCGGCUCCAUCUUCAACAUCACAGCGAUCGCCAUCAACCGCUACUGCUACAUCUGCCACAGCCUCCACUACGACCGUCUGUACAGCCUGAGGAACACCUGCUGCUACCUGGGCCUCACCUGGCUGCUCACUGCCCUCGCCACCGUGCCCAACUUCUUCGUCGGGUCGCUGCAGUACGAUCCCCGCAUCUACUCCUGCACCUUCGCCCAGACGGUCAGCUCGUACUACACCAUCUCUGUGGUGAUUAUUCACUUCCUGAUCCCGCUGCUGGUGGUGUCUUACUGCUACAUGAGAAUAUGGGUGCUGGUGAUUCAAGUGAAACAUCGCGUUAAACCGGAGCAGAGGACUAAACUGAAACCGAGCGAUGUGAGGAACUUCCUAACUAUGUUUAUGGUGUUUGUGUUGUUUGCAGUAUGCUGGGCUCCGCUUAACCUCAUAGGCCUGGCCGUGGCUAUAAAUCCUGUGAAAGUUGCACCAAACAUACCCGAGUGGCUCUUUGUCACAAGCUAUUUUAUGGCGUACUUCAACAGCUGCCUCAACGCCAUCAUAUAUGGACUUCUAAACCAAAACUUCCGCAAAGAGUACAAGACCAUCCUCCUCGCUCUCUGCGUCCCACGUUUGCUCCUCAUGGAGACGUCCAGGUGUGCCACAGAGGGACUGAAGAGUAAGCCCUCGCCGGCUGCAACAAACAAUAAUGUAGCAGAGAUAAAUGUAUAAACAACUGUUUCACUGGUGAGCUUAAGAUGUUUUUCUGGA